AUGAAAGAACCAACAUUAUCAAAAUCAAUAAUAAUAUUACCAUGGAUCAUUCAACAACAGAUUAUUGAAUAUUUUUGGACGACAAAAUGGAUGGAUAGACAUGUAAAUUCUGCCAAAUCAAGAGUACAAUUGGCAUUGGUGUGUUGGCGGUGGUUUGAUAGAUGCAGUCAUUUGACCAACCACUUUUUCAUUCCAUCACUCUACAUCAACUAUGAUAGAGAGUUUCGUAGACAUUUGGAAAGUAGAUAUUGUCUAUUAAAGUGUAUUGCUCAUUUGGAUUAUAACGAAUCUUUGAAUAGUUAUUUUUCAUCCUCUUUGGAUGGAGCAUCGACUGUGCAACAGCAGUCAUCUACCAAACCACCUGUAUCUGAUUGGACAAACAAACAGAUAUACUCGACACUGCGAUCUAUAUCAAUUGGAGGAGUAGUUGAUAUUAGUCCUGCAUCUAACCAAUCAAUUACGAUGGCAUUGUUAAAGGAUAUUUACGAGAAGAAGAAAUUGGAUUCUUCAUUGUCGACCAUCACCGAGUUGUCACUCAACAAGGAUGUCAAUGCAUCACACUAUCAAAGAAUAUUCCGUGCACUCCCACGUCACGUCGAGUCACUCUUUUUGGCAACCUACAAUGGUCGUAGUGACACAUCCUCCGAUUCUAUCCCAUUCCAAUAUCUCGCCGAAAGCAACCUAAAGUCAAUUCGUGUCAAUUUAAAGACAGUGGCCGAACACACCUUGUUUGUCGACUGUAUCCCCACCAUCCCAUCACUCACCGAUCUUAGCUCAACCGCCUUACUUGCAAGACCAGAAGUAUUCAACCUACUCAAAACACAAACCAAUAUAACCAAAUGGAAUAUUGUUUUCGAUCGUCCAUUUACUGCACCCGGUCCAACCGUCCCCCUACACUCCAAUAUUGACACAUUACUAGUCCAUAUAGAUUCAAAGAUGGCAACAGUCAUGGAUAGAAUCUUGAUGAAAUUAAAUAAUACAACAUUGGAUCAUAUGUUGGUUUUAGAGAGACUAUUAUUGGACAACUCUGCAAAACUUUCUCCAACUCUUAAAAACCUACAUAUUCGUUUGGGCAAUGAAUUCAAUGUCACCAAUGAAUUAAUUCAAUUAUUGACCCAAUUUAUUCAAUCCAAUCAAUCCAUCUACUCUGUAUCGCUCAUCUCGACUCCACCCGAGGAGAAUGAAGUCGCAUCCAAAGCUCUUUUCGAUCAACCUACCUUUUCCAACCUUUUAAAUGUAGUUUCAGCCCACCCCUCUAUGCACUAUUGCUCCAUCAAGCAAUUCCAAUUCCUUCCAGACUCCAACUCCGAUGAAUUUGUCCAUGCCAACAAUAUCAACAAUCAAUUCUCUGACCAAGGAGAAUCAAAGAUUGCCGAUAAAUUCAAUAUGACAUUUAACAAUGGAUUAAAUAAUCCUAAAUUAGUUAUUAGAAAGAGUUAUACUUUUUAA